AGGACGGGAUUUCCGGCUUCGAGUCUUUGGUCCACGACGGACACUGUGCCGAGUGCUAGGCAAGCUGUUGAGUCACGUACGGCGCGCGUCCCUUGGCAGAAGUUCACGGUAGAAUCUUGGGUGCUUUUGGGUUCCUUGCGAUUUGCACCCGCGGGAGUUAUUGUCUCUGCACUGCUGGUAUGGGCGGCUUUCUUGUCUCCCAGUGUGUGUGGCGAGGUGGGAGGAAUUGAGAGGCCUAAGGUACUCGAGCCUGUGCGCAAGGAAGGCCCACAGAUAAAAGGAAGCCGAGUAAUUCAUAAACUGGCUUUUCUACAUACUUGUUCUCAAAAUGAGUGUCAGUAUCACCUUUUUAAGACCUUUUGCCAGAGUUUUAGUGCCAUUUACCCUUCAUAAGAAGAGAAGGGUUUUAUAUUCAACAAUUCUGCAGAGAUACAUGUCUUCCAAAAUACCAGCUGCAUCCUAUCCUAAUAAGGAGAAUACACCACCUCCUGAAGAGCUGGAGUUGGAUAGGUGGAAAAUUACAAUGAAAUUUAGUGUGCAAGAAGAGGAUGUUUCAACAGUCACAAGCAGCGAGAAUGAAGAUCCUCUAGCUGCUACCAGGGAGUUAGUUGAGAUGUGGAGGUUGCUUGGCAAAGAAGUACCAGAACACUUCAGUGAAGAAGAGCUCAAAACCCUUAUGGAAUGUGUUUCUAAGUCAUCAAAAAGAAAAUAUUUAAAAUACUUAUAUAUUAAGGAAAAAAUGAAAAAAGCCAGACAAAUAAAAAAAGAAGUGAAAAAGGCAGAAAAAGAAGAAGUUAAAAAAGAUCAGCUACCAGAAACCAUUAAGGAAGAUAAACAGCAAAACUUUCUAUUUCUACGACUUUGGGACAGGAAUAUGGACAUUGCAAUGGGCUGGAAAGGUGCCCAGGCCAUGCAGUUUGGACAGCCUUUGGUUUUUGACAUGGCUUAUGAUGACCAUAUGAAACCAAAAGAAUUGCAGAAUGCUGUUUCCCAACUUCUGGAAAGUGAAGGAUGUAACAGAAGAAAUGUUGAUCCUUUCCAUAUUUAUUUCUGCAAUCUUAAAACAGGUGGUGCCUACUAUAAAGAGCUAGUUAAACGUUAUGGAGAAAAAUGGGACAAAUUGCUUUUAACAGCAACAGAAAAGUCUCAUGUAGAUUUAUUUCCAAAAGAUAGUAUUAUAUAUUUAACUGCAGAUUCUCCCAAUGUUAUGACUACUUUCAAGCAUGACAAAAUUUAUAUAGUGGGGUCUUUCGUUGAUAAGAAUAUGCAGCCAGGCACAUCCCUAGCCAAAGCAAAACGGCUGAAGCUGGCAACAGAAUGCCUUCCAUUAGAUAAAUAUCUGCAGUGGGACACUGGUACCAAAAAUCUCACUUUAGAUCAAAUGAUACGUAUUUUGUUAUGUCUGAAAAAUACUGGUAGCUGGGAAGAGGCUUUGAAGUUUGUUCCUAGGAGAAAACAUGCUGGUUAUCUGGAGAUUUCUCAGCAUUCUCAAGAGUUUCUCAACAGAAUGAAGAAGUCAAAGACUUUUAAUUCAUUUCCAAGAGGCUCUAUAAAUAGACACAGAAAAAGCAGCUUGAAGGAGAACAUUUGAUAGCUUAAAAAUAAAGUGGAUUAGGAAUACAGUUCUAUUAGUCCGUUUCAUCAAGAAGGAAAUUCACUUCUUUUUCUUUUAAAGGUUGUCUUUCCAAACUGACGGAAGUAUUGUCUUUUUCCAGUUAAUCAAAUGUGUAAAACUUUAGAAAUACAUUUUGUUUACUAUAGAAACAAACAAAAUCUUAGAAAGUAAAAAGAGUUGUCCAUGUUUGUUUGAGCCCAGUAAAAGAAUUGUACCAUU